AGAUUAAAAAAAUAUCUUACGUAAACGUAAACGAUCUAUAUAUAACGGAUGCCACCUAAGUAAAAUGCUAGUUUUAAAAAUGGCAAUGUUCCAGUGCUUGAUUUUAGUUCUCGUAGCUACUUUAGCAUUCGAUAGUGCGAUUGCAAAUGAUGUAGCAAAACCGUGUGAGUCUGAUUCUUGUACGAUCGGCAACAAUUGUAGAUGUUCUAGUCAAGCGUCACCUCUAGGUGGAAAUCUCACAGAGUAUCCUCAGCUGAUUAGUUUAACAUUUGAUGAAGCUGUUACACAACACAUCUACGACAACAGUUGGAUUACAUUGCUCGGAAAUAUAUAUAAUCCAGAUGAUAAGCCAAUUAGUGGAACAUUCUUUGUACCACAUGAGUAUACGAGCUAUCAAAGAGUUAAUGAUUUGUACAACUUUGGAUUUGAAAUUGGUGUGCACUCAAUUACGAAGGAUUUUAGACAAAAUUACUGGAGAUAUGCAACUCUAGACACACUAACAAAAGAAUUUAAAGGCCAAAAGCAAAUUAUAAGUACUUAUGCCAACAUACCAGCUGAAGCUAUUAUUGGAGUCAGAACUCCCCAACUACAACUUGCAGGAAACACUUCCAUUGAGGCCUAUAUAGCAUCAGAAUUGGCAUAUGAUAGUUCAUGGCCCUCUUUGCCAUCAAGAAGAUUAUUUCCCUAUACAUUGGAUUAUCAAUCAACAGAACAAUGUCUUUUGGGCGCAGAAUGUCCUAACGAAGCUUUCCCAGGUUAUUGGAUUCUGCCAAUAAACGAUUUAACUUCACCAAAUGGUACAGAAUGCAAUUCACUGGCUACUUGUGGAAUAGAAGGUAGUGUUGAUGAAAUCGCCAAAUAUUUGGAUGAUCAAAUUGAAGGAAUUAGAAGUAAAUCUAGAACUCCCAUAAAUUUGAUGAUCAACUCAUACUGGUUUGAACAAACUGACACCAGCUUCGAUGGGCUUCGAAAAUUCUUGGAAAACACAGUUGCACGUGAAGCAAAAGAUACCUUCUUCGUCUCACAAAAACAGGUCCUAGAUUUUAUAAAAAAUCCCGUUAAAAUUAGCGAUUUUAAAACUGCUGACGCGCCCGAUGGAGCCAGUUGUGAGCCUUACACCUGCAGACUUAAAAAAGGAACAGAGGAUAGAAACAUGGACGCGUGUGUUCCUUGUCCAGACGAAUACCCAUGGAUUAAUAACGUUAAUGUAUAAAUAAUCGUAUUUUGAAUCUAAAUAAAUAAAAGUUUGAUAGAUUUAAAAAA